CUGCAUUUUGCAAGCACAACAAACAGUAAACCCCAUAGCAAGAGAAGCAAAGCAAAGAUAAUUGGGAGGAAUGGCAAGUUCAGGAAUGAUCAAGUUCACAGUGGUGCUCACCUGCCUGGCAGUGAUUGCAUCCCAUGCUGAAGCUGCUGUGACUUGCGCGGGAGUCCUCAACAGCGUGGCGCCCUGCAUUGUGUACCUCAAUGGAGGCGGUAUAGGUCCAGUUCCGCCAGCCUGCUGUGCCGGAGCUAGAUCCCUCAACCUUCAGACAAGAACCAUGCCUGAUCGCCAAGCUGCUUGUAGGUGCCUGAAGCCAAUUCUUAACUCCUUUCCCAAUCCUGCUGCUGUUCCAACCAUUGCUCCCAAGUGCGGCGUCAACUUGUCAUUCAAGAUCACUCCAUCCAUGAACUGUGCAACGAUCAAUUGAAGCUUAUUCCCAGGGCUACCUGAAGCAGAUUCGACUUGAAUAAACAUAAUAAAGAUGGUGACAAUUGUCAACUCCACAUGCAUGGAGCCAUUCUAGUUAAAUUACGUUUUCUUGUCACCCUAGAUGGUGCCUUCCUAUUUGUCAUAAUCUUGCGUGUUGCGUGUAUUAAUAGGUUGUUGUUUAAACAACCUCUUGUUAAUGGAAAAUGUUUGAGUGUUCUAGUC